CGCGCGCGCAGCCAUGGCGGACGGAAGACUACAUCUCCCGUGAUCCCCUGCGCGAUGGGCAGCAUGGAGUCAAGCGUGGCUGCGCUGGAGAGGCGGGUCCGUGGUUGCCUGUGCGACUUCGGCUUCGAGGUUUCUCCCCUCAAGGUUGAGUGGUACAAUGCUGUUCUUCAGCCAUCCUUUCAUCUCCGAUACUCCGAGGACACACUGGCAUUCAUUGUCCUCAGCACCCCCUCAAUGUUUGACAGAGCCUUUAAACCCUUUGUGGACAAACAGCUGCUGAAGAAAAUCAAUGACCCAGUGGAUCAGUGUGUUUCUUAUCAUCUGUCACUUGUGAAGGAGAGUCUCCCUGACCAGAGGGUGGACAUCAUUUAUGAUUAUGAGAUCCUGCCAAACCGGAAGCCCAAGUUUCUGGCCCAGACAGCUGCCCAUGUGGCUGGAGCAGCAUAUUACUACCAGAGGAAGGAUGUGAGGUGUGAUCCCUGGGGAGAAAAGAAGAUCUAUGGUGUUUGUAUCCAUCCCCGGUACGGAGGCUGGUUUGCUAUCCGAGGUCUCCUCAUAUUCCCAGAUGUUCAGGUGCCAUUCCUAGAGCAGGUUGCCCCUGUUGAUUGUGUGGCCUCGGAGGAGAAGCGAAUAGAGCUGCUGGAGAAAUUCAAUUUCCACUGGCGGGACUGGAGCUAUAGGGACAUCAUUGAAGUGAAGGAACGAUACUCGGAGGAGCAGAAAGCCUACUUUGCAGCUCCUCCAGCAGAGAGAUUCAAAUGGCUAGAGCUGCAAGGAGUUGUCCAGAGAAGUGUGUACUGCUGAGUAACACGGUUCCGAGUGUGGGGCAGGGAAUGAACAGAGUGCCGCUCACAGACGCCCGCAUCCUCCAUAGCAGUUAUGAAGGGGUAUGUGACAGUUCAGCGGUGGCAGAUCCCACAUGAAUGAGUACUGGGUUUACAAUGGCACCAUGGUGCUGGGGUCCCAGCCUGGCACAGCCUGCUCCACUUUUGCUGUGCCUGGAGCAGCUGACUUCUCUCUUCCUCCCCCUCCCCCCACCGCUCACUCCUCUCGGCCCACUGAGGGAUCCUCUCUGCCCCCGUCACAGCAGGUGACUGUCUUGGGGAGUUGGAGGCUCCCUCUCCCCUCCCCCAUGCAAGGAAAUGCCUCCUCCACCACAAGCACCAUCAGUGCCAAUCUAGACGCCUCCCUCUUGGAUCAAGAUGGAGUAUUGCAAGCUGGGGUUUGUGGUCUGGCCCCAUCUUGUAGAGGAAGGUGGCUGCAGUCUGUUCCGUGUUCUAGCUAAUAGGACUGGAUUCCUCUGGCUCCUAGUAAGUUACCAUUUGCCCUUCAGUUGGGCAAAGUUCGGGUGCCUGUGAGGCUGGGAAAUCCAGGCUGCUCUUUAGAAAUACUGAUUAUUUGUGUUCUAAUAGGACUUAUUUUUUUAAAAAGCUUAGUUGUUGUUUUUAUUCUAUUUAAUAAUACGGAUUUACUGAAUUGUCUGCAACUGAAUUCUGAAAUCACUUGCCUCUUUGUAUGACCUUAGAGGGGAGAUUUUUCAAACAUAUCUAGCACCUUUUAUUCUGUGAUGCAGUCUCUCAGCGGAGUGAACGUUUUAAAGGACACUGUCACUUUCAAAUCUAGUCGUCUUCACUCAAACUAGGAAAAGGAGCUGGUUUAACUUGAAUGAAAACCCUCUUACUACCACCACCACCACCACCAAAUCACAAAUACACAAAACACUUAAUGCCCAUGUGGACACAGUUCAACACGUUUAGUUCAAUUUUAGGAUCCUGCUUCAGCUGUAACUUCACAAGGUAAAAUGAUGCGAAAGCAGUUGCACUGUGUCUAUGCAGGUGCAGAGUGGGCUUUUCCAUCAAGAUCAAGCUCGGUUAGCGGAAAAAAAUAACGUAUUUUCUUCUGGUCUUAGGCAAGACCUGAGCUGAAGUUUUUCAAGUACUUCACUUGUCACAGCCACAUUGUGUGUGGGGAGGGGAGGGAGCUCAAUACGAAAAUGGGAAAGGUUCCUAACUGAAUAACUAGGGGUAUCCGCAAAGCUUACCAUACGUGAAAUGCUGUCAAAUGUAGAGUAAACAGGCUGAAAAAAGAGAGAGCCUUUGAUUUUUCUCUGAUCUGUCUGUUACAAUGAUCAGUGGUGUUACUUGCAUCACUGGGUAAGAUAUCUUCAGAUGGACCGUGUCUUUUUAUGUUCACUGAGCUCAAAGGAGCACUGGAAGUCGGGGAUUAAUUUAUUUAGAAGUCGUUUGUGAGGCCAGAACCUUGUAUGCUAAGCUGACAAUUAAUGGUGCAAUUUGAAAAGCUGCUUACUUCUUGGGCUCAGUCCUGCAAAGUGCUGAGCUCCUUCUCUUUUCCUAGACAUCAGCAGGAAUGUGGAGGGUGCUCUGCACCUAGGUUGUAAUUUGUGCUAUGGUUCUGCAUUGUUUGUUGUUUAGUACCCAGACCCUAAGCUCUCCUUCAGUAGAAGACUUUGCCAUAGGUCAAAAUGAGUUUUGCUCUAAAUAGAGCAGUCAGUUUGCUCACCAGCUGGGUUGCUUGGUUCAAAAAGUCCUCUGUCUUUGUGGCUCCUCCUUCAUCUGUGUUACUCUUCUUCCUGAGACCCUCCCCCCCAGCUCAUGCACAGCUGAUAUUAUUUAAUAUAUUCCGUCAUGGUCUGUGCUCAGCCUAGGUCCUCUUGCAGCAGGGCUGCAAGCUUCAGUGCCUUUCUGCCCUUCUUCACACAUCCUAGGAGAGUUGGAACGUUCCAGUUCCCAACAGCGUCUGCUUUAUAAAUCACGUGCGUUCAGUCACUGUGAGCUCUGCCUACUGCCGCCCUAUAGCAAAUCAAACCCUUGCUCGCGUUGGAGGUGAAGGUGUGUCCAUGGCAUAGAUGUCACGAGGAGCCCCUGCCAAUUUCAGGGCUCAGAUUGAACAGCCCAAGUGAACAAAGUAUGGGGCUGGGAGACAGGGACUCCCAACGCCUAAUCAUAGUUCUGCCAUCAGCUCUCUUGCACGCCUUCAGACAGGUCACUUUACCUGCCUGUACCUGACUUCCCCAGCUGUAACUGUUUGGGAAAUAUCCUAGGCUCUUCCAAAUGGGAGCGAUAAUCUUCACCACUGGUUUCUGAAAUUAUUACAAGGUAACAUUUGACACAGUAACAUACUGAGGCAUAUAGCUUAGCAGUGCCCAUAAGUGGAUCCUGUUACAAUAAUUUGCUUUAUGAGCUUUUAUUACAACACUAAUUUCUAUAAAGUUUAUAAGGCAAGAUUGGAAUUGCCGAUAACAUGUUCUUAGUCAGUUUUUUGCAUACUCGGUUUAGGCCGGGAUUGCAUAAACUUUUGUUUGCCUUGGACCCUUCACUACUUUAGCUAUCUACAAGAAAAACAAGGACAAGUGGCUGUAGUUGAGUGUUACAAAGUAAUUGUGAAUAUACUUUCUGGUGAGCUUCAGGAGACACAAGAAGCAGCUUGGAAUCAUUCUGCAUAUUUGGGGUUAUUGUUACAUUAAUAGAUUUGCAUGUGUCAGAGAGCAAUAUUGCUAUGACUAAUCAUUGUGUGGUUGUUGGAUUAUGAGUAUUUAAAUUCUAAAUUUCUGACUUCAGAAUUACUUCUGGUUGAACUGUUACAAAUGGUCCUUCUGUUUGUUGAUUGGAAUACAACUGACUUGGAAUAUAAUAAUGGCACAUAUUAAAGGAACCAUAUCAGUAUGCGAAUCACCCUCCCAGAAUAAUAUAAAAUGGAGUUAGAUACAUUUACCACUUGUGAUCAAACUUUGAUUUAUUGUUUUGAGUUGUUAUCCGUUUGCCCAUGUUGAACUCUUUGUGUUGAAAUUAAUUCAAUAAAUAGUAAUGCUGUCAUAUUCA